AUCUCCUCAUAUCUGCAUGGCUGUAUCACUCCAUAGGGAAAUACAGUGAUAUAUGGUGCGCGCGGAGCCACCCACAGGGCGCGUGCAUGGUUUAAUCUUAUCUGGAGAGGGGAAGAGAGAGAGGGAGAGAGAGAUGCUGGUGAUAGUGUGGAGUCUGGUGUGACUUAUCUAUCCUACACUGCUGCUGUCGGUAACGGAGCGGCUGCGCACACACCUACACACACUCCUCUCUAUCUCUGUUACACACACAUACACAUACACUGGGAGCCAGGACCGGACUGGCGCACUGGGAAGAAGGGAGAGAAGAGAGAGAGGGAGGGAGAGAGAGAGAGAGAGACAGGCGACACUUGUCAGACCGGAUUGAGCAGUGGAAUGUACCGGAUUCCGCUGCACACACGCCCGGGCUGUCCCGCACUGUGGGCUGCGCUGCGUUAACGGGACGCGACACCGGGCUGAGCCAGGGGCGGCGAGAGAACCGGACCUGGAUAGUGUAAAAGGAGGGGAAAAGGGAGUCACCUGGGUGCGGAGGGAGGGAAGGAAGGAACGCAGGGAGGGGAGGAGGGCUGGAGGGUCGCAGGGGGAGGUGUGCCCGGCUGACAGAGCUUUGUUUGGGGUUAACGACGCCGCUUGCGCGCGACGGAGGGUCAGCGCAAAGUUUCCUCGAUGGCGCUGGUGAUGGAGCCGGUGAGCAAAUGGAGCACGAGCCAGGUGGUGGACUGGAUGAAAGGUCUGGACGACUGCUUGCAGCAAUAUGUGUGUGUGUUUGAACGCGGAGGUGUGUGUGGGGAGAGGUUGCUGAGGAUUAGCCACGCCGAGCUGGAGGAACUGGGAGUUUCUCGCAUCGGACACCAGGAGCUCAUUCUGGAGGCUGUCGACUUGCUCUGUGCUCUGAACUCAGGUCUGGAGACAGAGAGUGUCAGGACUCUGGCUCACAAACUUGGGGCCUCAGCCAAAAACCUGCAGAACUUCAUUUCCGGCCGCCGGCGGAGCAGCCAAUCAGAAAGCAGAACCUCACGGCGGCUACCCAAUGAUCUGCUGACCUCUGUGGUUGACCUCAUCACCGCCGCCAAAAGUCUGCUUGCCUGGCUGGACAGGUCUCCCUUUGCUGCAGUGGCAGACUACUCAGUAACCCGAAAUAAUGUCAUUCAGCUCUGCCUGGAGCUCACCACCAUUGUACAGCAGGACUGUACGGUGUUUGAGACGGAGAACAAAAUCCUUCAUGUGUGCAAGACUCUGUCGGAGGUGUGCGAGCACAUUGUGUGUGUGUCAUCAGACCCACUGGUUUCUCAGUCGGCCCACCUCGAGCUGGUUCACCUCACCAACAUAAAACCCUCUGAAGGCCUGGGAAUGUACAUAAAGUCAACCUACGAUGGCCUCCAUGUGAUCACAGGAACUACUGAGGGGUCUCCAGCUGAUCGCUGUAAGAAGAUCCAUGCGGGAGAUGAAGUCAUUCAAGUCAAUCACCAGACAGUGGUGGGCUGGCAGUUACGUAACCUGGUCGGCUCGCUGAGGGCUGAUAAGGGUGUUGUGUCCCUGACCCUGAAGAAGCGUCCACAGAGCACGCUCAGCUCUGCCCCCGCAUUGCUUAAGAAUAUGCGCUGGAAACCCCUGGCUCUGCAGCCAACCAGAAGCCCAGGUAGCAGUUCAGCCACACCCUCAGGCACACCCACCAAGAACUCGGCCCUCCAAGACCUCUACAUCCCCCCUCCACCUGCUGAGCCAUACACACCCAGAGAUGAGACGGGAGCCUUGUCUGGAGAUGAGGCAUCUCGUAACCACGGUGGUGUCAGCGUUACUAAGCGCUCUGAGUCACCAAACUCCUUCCUGGAUCAAGAGUCUCGCCGGCGAGAUGAGGAGGAGCCCGUGUACUGUACCACACCUACAUAUGGCAGGCUGAGGCCCAUCUCCAUGCCUGUGGAGUGUAACUGGGUGGGCGACUACGAAGACCCAGCCAAGCUUAACAGAGAAAGCCGCAGAGAGGCGUCACUCAUGCGUUAUGUGGGACUGUCCGGCGGUGACGAGAGGACCAGCUCUGACGACUACUCCUCCCACACAGCUCGUCCAGGUAAACGGUCCAAUGACACCGCCAAACGUGCCAAGAGGCGAAGCCACCACAGCCAAAGCCCCUCCCACUACGUCCUGCAGACAAAUCAGAGGGAUUCCCCGCCCAGAGACCCAGCCUCCAUUUAUCACACAUACCAGCAGUCCUCCUCCUCUCUGCAGUCAAAGAACAGGAAAAAGAAUAAAGGACGAAGUUUGGCCUCCCUGAGUCGGAGGCGUGUUUCCUGCAAGGCGCUCGGCAGAGGAGACUGCGAGGGCUGGUUGUGGAGAAAAAGAGAUGCAAAGGGUUACUUCUCUCAGAAAUGGAAGAAGUACUGGUUUGUUCUAAAGGACAACUGCCUGUACUGGUACAUCAACGAGGAGGAUGAGAAGGCAGAGGGUUUUGUCAGUCUUCCAGAGUUUAAGAUCGACCGGGCCAGUGAAUGUCGCAAGAAGUAUGCUUUCAAAGCAUGUCACCCCAAGGUCAAGAGUUUCUACUUUGCAGCAGAUGGAGUGGAUGACAUGAACAGAUGGCUGAGUCGUCUCAACAUGGCUGCUGUGGGCUAUGCUGAGCGCGAGAGGAUGCGCCAGGAACAGGAUUACUGGAGUGAGAGUGAACACGAGGAUGACACCACCUCCAGCCCCAAACAGGACAGUCCCCCACCUCCAUAUGAUACCUACCCACGGCCUCCAUCAAUGAGUGCCUACUUGGAGGGCCGAACCACUCGACUGUCUUCCACCGAGACAUCUCGUUCCCGCUCUUCCCAGGAGGACUUCCUGUGUGGCGAGCCACCCCCAGCGGCCGCAGAGCCACAGUACCACCCUGGUCCUCUAGGGGGAGGCACCACACACAGUGGGAGAAAACCAGGGGGCAGCAACAGCAGCGACGUGCAGUACAGAUGUGAUCCUGUAGAGUACCGUUCCAGUCCUGCAGGGGGGAGCAGUGAGACGGGGUCCCCUGGCCGCUCAUCAUCGUCCCAGAGACGUUCUUGGCAGGACCUGAUUGAGACACCGCUGACUGAGGCUGGACUGCACUAUUUACAAACUGGACCAUUAGAGGAUGCAGUCUUUGCUGAGCCUGGUCCGGGAAGUGGGACUAUGACGGCCGGAGCCGUUUACACUCUUCCUGCACAGAGGAAUGUCCCGUUGCCCAUGGCGAUGCAGAGGCUGAUUCCUAUGGCAACCCAGGGAGGGAAACCCCGCAGCUUCACACUGCCAAGAGACAGCAACCUACACACACUCCUCACGCCCCCUGCGAAAGAGGAACAGCAAACGCACAACGGUGGCAGUGAAGGUGCGUCCCUUGGUGACCUGUUUCGAGCGUGCGAGCAGGGUGGAGUGUGCCCUUUAGGUCGUGGGUCAGAGGCCAAAGGUCAGUCAGAGUUCAGGCAGUCGUUCCUGCGACGGGCCGCCGACCCUCAGCUCAACGAGCGUCUGCAUCGCCUGCGAAUACUGACCUCCACACUGAAGGACAGGGAGGGGGAGCUAGCGCUGAUUGACAGGCUGUUGGCCAAUCCCCAGCUGUCGUCGGUUGAGUUCCAGGAGUGGAAGAGAGCCUAUCAGGAGCUGUUCUCUCAGGAGCCAAACUCCACCACUGAAUCAGACCCCGGUCCGCCACUGACCCCCUCGCUCUCUCACACACACUCCUACAUCGAGACCCAUGUCUGACGUGUAAAACACAAACACAUGCACACACACGCUUAAGCUGCUCUCAUCUCCUGAUUCUGGAAAAUGCAGCUGACGUUUUGAUGCAUCAGGGUUAUGAUCAGCAAAGAGUUUUGCAUCAGUGCAGAUAGUGACGGAUUGCUUCAAGAGAGGGAAGUAAGGACAACUCCAUUCACAUCCCGAUAGCUUUCAACAGCCACAGUGUACAAGUGCAACAUGACAGCUUCUUUCUGAGGAGACGCCUCUGUGCCCUCAUGUCACAUCAAUCCACAAGCUGAUUGGUUAUGCCACUCCAGCUGGCUCGGGGGCAGACAAUACACUGAUUCUUAAGUAUUACAUGUUAGCUUUUGUGCUUUAUACCUAAAAUACUCUCCAUGGAUAUAAGGGAUCGACGCAGAUUACUUUGGACGAUGCUCAUCAGUUUGCUCCUCCUGACAUGGACAGAUCUGUCUAAUAGUGUCUUCGUGAGCUGCCAUUACACAGUAUUUCAUCCUGCUUGUUGUGCCAUGUUUAUACUGACUGCACAGUGUCUCAUAGACAGUCUAAUAGCCUCAGAGUGACAUAUAUUGUAUCCCAUCAAGCCUUAUACUUGAUGUCUAUGAUGAUAUUUUCUGUACAGUGAGUGUUACAGCAGAGAACAAUAAGCACAGGUCUUUUUUAAAUCAGUAGUCUCAGUUUCUGUCUAGUUUUAAAGACUUUUGUUUGUGCUGGUUUGGUAGAAAUACUGUACGUACUGUGCUGGGCUGGACCUGAAGCAUGCACACUCUAUAGGACCCACUUAAAGGAAAAGUCCACCCUAAGAACAUCUUCACCCUGUUAACACUUUAGGAGCCCAUGCUGUGGUGCAAUAUGUUUGGUGUUCAUCAUUUUACUACACUUGAAUUUGUAAUUGGUGAUGUAUUCCCACAGAUACCUUAAUGUUAGAUAUAGCAUAUAUUUCUGUGAUCUCAUCAUUAUUAUUGUUCCUUUUGCUCCUUUUAUUAACAUGUUAUCUGUAUCUGGAUAAUAACAUCUGCUCCACAGGCCUUUGUGUUAACACCUGAUCAAGAAGAAUUCUUAUUAUUCCAGUUACCCCUGCAUUGUGAUUGGAUCUCAGUAUGUUAAUUAGCGAGUUAGGGCUGGGGGACUUAUCAAUUUAACAAGGAACGUGCCAGAUCAAGGGAAGCGCUGUGAUUGUUAAGGAUAACUUGUUAGCCACUGCUACAAGUUUUGCCUUUUGUGUGUAGUUUAAAGCUGCAUUGCAAAACUUUUGUCUCCCCUCUACUCCAUCUCUCUUUCUCUCUUUAUCUUCAUCUAGAGCAUCAGAAACUGCUUCCUAGAUUUUUCUGCCAUAUUCCCAUUUGCCAUAGCCUACCAGUACCUGCUGCUCCUCUUCAGCUCUGCUAAACCAAUCGCUGCUACUUGACAUAAAAUGCCUUACCAUCAGUGCCAAAGCUGAGACGCUUACCACAGACGCUAGAUUUAAAACUUUAUAAAGUGAAGUACAGAGAUCACCAUUAUGUGAACUCGUUUGGCAUAGAGGACUUGAAUGUAAUGUAGUCUAAUGUAGUCUCGUACUCCAUCUUAAAGCUAGCAGGAAGUGGUGGAGUUAAACAACUUCAGUUCUAUUAAAGUGAUUUUUUCUUACUUUGUAUAUUUUGAGCAUUAUGCGCCAAAUCACAGAGGCAAAUUCAUUGUAUGUAAAAACCUACUUGGUCAUAAACCUAUUUCUGAUUCUGAGUCUGAAUAUGGUCACACUGUAUCAAUUGCACUUGGCUGAGAUCUGAUCACAGUGCAAGCCAGACCAGCUUGCAUUUGCAUUUUUUCUUGUACAGACAGAAAAUCCAGAUACAGAUCACAUGUCAAUGACAGAUGUAAAUGAGGCCUAUAUCUCUAUAAAACCACUUCAAUCUCAAACAAGAUUUCUAAAGUGUAUGAAAACAUCUUUGAUUGCAUUGACCAGUCCCAUUAGCAAAGGGUUUUUUUUUUUUUUUUUUUUUUCUAUCACUUUUUGAGCAUAGACAACAUGUAAGGCAGCAUCCACAGAGGCAGCACUGAAAGAAGAGACUGGAAUCUUGCCGUUUGCCUCGGGAUCUAUUUUCUGUUUUUUAUCCUUUGAUUUUCACUGGCUUUAAUGGGCAACUUCAUCCCCACUAUAACACCUGAGAUAUAGUCACCAUGGCGACUACAAGCUGUUCUGGUCAUCUUAGAAAAGCAUCCUAAAAAGCACACAAAAAUCUCUAAUUAAAGUAGAGGAGUCGGUCCUUCUUCACAAAAUAUCUCCUGACAGUUUCAUUGAUUGUACUUCAUAAAACAGUGUUAAUGUUUCUGAGGGUGGACGUUUCCUUGGACACCAUUUGGCUCUCUGUAACCUGCAUGCCACAUAGAGAAUAUGAGGAAAUAUUUGCAUAGGAAUUGAAAUAUGGAUCUAAUAAAAAUAUAUUAGUUUGUUAUUUGUACGCUGCUGCCAAAUGACUUAAUACUCAGAGACACUGCACAAAACUAUGAAAGCAAUCAUAAACACAAAUACACAUGCACACACUAAUAAGCACACAGAAACACACAGUUUGAAUGCUCUUUCUAUGCUGCUGCCCGUGGUUGGUUGUAGUAGCAUGUCUUUGUUGUAGAUAAACACAAUAUUCCUUUUCUGUUUUUGUGUUUGAAAUCUCUAGAUACAGUAGAUCUCUCUGUGUAGAGUGCAAACUAAGUGUCUUGGAUAAUGUUCUCUAAUUCUAUCAGGUUUUUUUGGACAGACUGUCGUUGAGUAAAGAUUAUUUAAUGUUAAAGCUAAAAAUUAUGGUUAAAAAAACAGUAUUUAUUUACGUGCUAAAUCUAGAUAUUCUGUUGGAAGAAGAGGGUGGAUCAAUAAAGUUUGGUCAUUUGGA